AUGUUCAAUGUUGUGUACGGCGGCCAUGCUCCGAGGUCGGGGUCCGAGAUCGAGCGGGACAGCAAAACCAAAAGCGAAACCGAGCACGAGAACCAGAGUGGCAAAUGGGGGGAAUCCGUGAAUCCGCCUGCUGCUGGGUUGGAAUGGUCGAGCAUGAGCGCCGGCCCCAAGGAGGGGAGAGCGGCCAAAGCCCCCACCUGCACAUUCAGAACAAUGCCCAAGCACGGACGGCACACCGCGCAUACUGUUCCCGCGGCCGCAGUGGGAUCGUUCUCCUUUUCGCUGGCAAUAGUGCCCUUUAAAAAGCCUAUCCCAUCUAAUCUAGCGAUCGCAGAAGCAAAGGGGAGGGGGAGCGUGGCCAUGCGGGGCGCGGUGGGAGGAUGGCUCUGCAGCACACCUCCGAUAUCCGUAUAUCAAUCAGGGAGCAGCGCCGCGGAGGUGCUCGCGCUCGCGCCGCACCGAGUCUGA